AGGUGUUCCCGCUCGGCUACUACUGGGCGCACUAUGCUGACCUACAGUGGCACUUGGAUCGCGUGGCACCCGGACGCAUCCUCGUCCUCACGGUAGCCGUCUCUGGCACUGUGGGGCUCCGCCAAGCAGCCCACCAACUCGCUGGCCUCGGCUCCCUCUUCGCCUUGCACCUCACGCCCAUGGCACACUGGACCUGGGUCUUCGUCAAGGGCGGCCGCACCAUCUCGGAGACAGUCAUCCUUCAAGGACUAGCUCAACACCAAGCGCACCUCGUUCUGCCCCUCUCCGAUGUACCCACGCCCACUGCUCCCUCCAAUCAAACGCUGCAACAACAACGCUGGCACUACUGCCACCUUCACGCUGCCAUGGGCGGACUUUGCGAUGAGCACACUCCGGACCCACUGCCACCGCCCCCGCCGCCUACCCUCCAGCACCAAUCCGCCCUCGCCGAUGUGCCCGUCGUCGUCACAGCCGGUGCCCGCCACCAGUACCUCUACCACACUCUCAAUACCCUCCUCACUGCCCCCGGGGCACAACGUAACAACGUGCUCGUCGUGCUUGGGGACGCACCACAGCCUACCACACAACUGCUACGUCUCAUCAACGUCAACUUCACCAAAGUUCCUGUUCACGGGGAAGGCAACCUCAAACUCUUCCGUUACUACCGUAGCGUCUUCCAGCUGGUGGCUCGCACCUUCCCCGACGCCCCUGCAGUCAUUUUCCUGGACGAGGACGUCGAGGUCUCCCCAGACUUCUUCUCCUUCAUGAGCCAGACUCUGUGGCUUCUCCGCGAGGACCCCACACUCUACUGCAUCAACGGUUUCUCAGCCACAGGUUUUUUUGGCAUAGCUCAUGAUAAUACCAGAAUUCUUCGAGCGAAAUCCCAGGUCGAAUGGGGAUAUGCUCUCUCUUUGAAAUUCAUAAAAGAAGCUGUUAUGACGUGGCCUCAAAACACCACCGGGGAUAACAUAGUUCAUUACGAUCACUGGCUCUACAAACACUCAAGCCAAGGACGAGAAUGCGCGUUCCCCGAGGUUAGUCGGACUCGUCACUACGGGAUCGGUGUCAAUUCGAAUGCUUUUACCACGGAAAGGUACUUCCUGUCUAUGCCUAUAGUAAAGGGCUGGAACAUCAAAAUGCAUAAUGUCGAAGGACUUCGGCUUCCGCAAUGGCAACAGAGUUUCAUUUAUAAUAUCAGUCAUGCCAUACCGGUAAUUGGCAACCCUUGUCAACCAUCCUUUGUGCCUUCCACUAAUAUAAGCAAAAAUUACGUGUUCUAUUAUAACAUGACAGAGAAAUCUGACGGCACACCAGAUUAUAAAAACUUUUUCUUCACAGCUUCAUGUCUCGGUGCAUGGGCGCUUUCAGAUCAGGGUCAGCAUGAUACUGUAAUGACAGUGCGAUUGUCAGUGUUGGCAACACUGUAUAUGGUUGGUGCGCCCUUCUCGCCGUACGCCCAUCUACGCCCGCCGCACGUGAUUCCCUGGGACGUCGACCUUAUUUCCGAAGAAGAAGAUGAUAUUCUUGUUAACAGAAUAAGAGAAUUAGAGCUUGGAAAGUAUUAUAUCAACAACUUAAAUAUAACCCAUGAUACUUUGAUGAAUUUAAUGUCUCUUGAACCCUCGACGACCUGACUUGGUGAGGCACUAGAAUUAAACCACCGAACAACA